AUGGCAACAAUAUUCGUGUUCACAAACCGGUGCCCGGAGACGAUCUACCCCGGCGUACAGACGAACCCGAACCGCCCGGCCUUCCCGACCACCGGCUUCGCGCUGCCGCCUGGCCCCGACGCCGCCUUCCCCGGCGUCCCCGCCGGCUGGGCAGGCCGCAUCUGGGGCCGCUACCGCUGCGCCACCGACGCCUCCGGCAGCUUCGGGUGCGCGUCCGGCGACUGCGCCACGGGGCGCGUCGAGUGCAACGGCGCCGGCAACCAGGCGCCGAGCACGCUGGCCGAGUUCACGCUCAACGGCCAGGGCGGCAGGGACUUCUACGACAUCAGCAACGUCGACGGCUUCAACGUGCCCAUCCAGAUCCUGCCGUUCGGCCAGGCGCCGGGCUGCGCGACGGUGACCUGCGCCGCCAACAUCAACGCGGCGUGCCCGCCGGAGCUGGUGGCGCGGGCGGCGGACGGCAGCACGGUAGGUUGCCGGAGCGCGUGCGGGGCGUUCAACACGGACGAGUUGUGCUGCCGCGGGGAGUACGGGAGCCCGGACAGGUGCAGGCCCAGCAGCUACUCGCAGUUCUUCAAGGCGCAGUGCCCUCAGGCCUACAGCUACGCCUUCGACGACGGGAGCAGCACCUUCACCUGCGCGUCCGGCGGCAACUACCAGAUCCUCUUCUGCCCUUGACUAAUCUAGUUUUUCCUGCUGGAUUAGCUAGUAGUGCUUGGAACUGUGCUCCAAAUUGAAUAAUUGUUGUUGCAUCUCUCCAGGUACUACUCUGUUUUAAAUUAUUAGUCGUUUUGAUUUUUCUAGAUUUAUAGAUUUUGCUAUGUGCAUAGUAAAAUUUAUAAAUCUAGAAAAGCCAAAAUGACUCAUAAUUUAGGCGGAGGGAGUACUUAGGUUCAGACUUUAUGUUCCAUCAUAUAUAUACGGUUUGAACCUUUUCCUAA